GGAGCCGCAGUAUGCUGAGGGCGUCCCGUCACCUGGAAACAUGUACGUGAGUUACCUGCUGGACAAAGACCCCGCCAUGUACCCGCACCAGAACCCGGUGACCCGCCACCCGGGACUCAACCUCAACCCGCAGAACUUCGUGGCCGCCCCGCCGCAGUACCCAGACUUCGCCGGCUACCACCACCACGUCCCGGGCCUCAAUAACGACCCACAUCCGGGCCAGGGCGGGCCGGGCGGCUGGAGCCCGGCGUACCCGCCUCCCUCCCGCGAUGAGUGGCCGUCCCACUACGGGCAUCCGGGCGCAGCAGCUACAGGGCCGCCCGCCACCAACGUGGGAGCCACCCUGGGCUUCGGUUCUCCAGACUUCCCUGGGCAGCCGUCAGCGCUCCUGCCCGCCCCCCUCAACCCGUCGGCGGGGCAGCUGUCGCCCGGAUCCCCGCAGCGGAGGAACCCGUACGACUGGAUGCGGCGCAGCAGCGCACCGCCCUCCACCUCAAACGGGAAGACUCGCACCAAAGACAAGUACCGCGUGGUUUACACCGACCACCAGCGCCUGGAGCUGGAGAAGGAGUUCCACUACAGCCGCUACAUCACCAUCAGGAGGAAGGCGGAGCUCGCCACGGCGCUCAGCCUCUCCGAGAGACAGGUGAAGAUCUGGUUUCAGAACCGCAGGGCGAAGGAGAGGAAGGUCAACAAGAAGAAGCUCCAGCAGCCGGCCUCCUCCACGACCACGCCCACUCCUCCCCAUGGCAACCACAGCGGCGGCGCCGCCAGCAGCAACGGCAGCGGUGGCGGCCUCCAUGGGAACGGUGGCAGCGUCGCCAUGGUGACGAGCAGCAGCAGCAGCAACGGGCUGGUGUCCCCUUCCUCCCUGCCUCUGACCAUCAAAGAGGAGUACUGA